CAAGUGAACUAAAAGAGCCAACAGCUUGGCAUACGGAGAAUAAGCCAGCCCCAAACGAAAACACGGGGAUUUUAAGCGCGGGUCCGGAGGGGCCUGUUGGCACUGGCCCAAUGCCUGCGCUAACCCUUGGGCGCUGCAGCGUGGAGCCCCGGGGUCUGCGGGCCCGACCGGCAAAAAGAGAGAUGCGGCGCCCGGCGCCCACAGGGGGAGUGGGCUCUCCUCUGCAAGAAGGGAGACAGCCGGGAGGCACUUGGGUCGUCCGGCGCGUGCGCCACGGCUCGGGACAGGCAUCGAGUCCGGUACGGAGCGGAGCCGAGGCGCGGCGAGGAGCUGCUCAAAUGUCCGCUGACCAGUGGUCAGCCUUAACCUGUCCUCGCCAGGAGCGCUCGUCCUGGGCCACCCGCCAUCGCCGCUCCUGGGCUCUGGAGGGGCGCAGGCCCGGGGUGGCUCGGGCGGGGCCCCAGGUGAAGGGCGUCCGCCUGCGGCAGCCCCCGUCCUCCUGUCUCCACGGUCGCGGGAGCGCCCGGCCCCGCGCCGAAACAGCAACUGUGAUUGACGGAGUCACCGCCCCGCGCCCGAGCCACCCCCUCCUCCCCCGCCGCCCCCCUGCCCCGAUACGUCAUGGAAACACGGACGUCAGAGCGUCCCGGCCAAUCGCAGGCAGCGGCAGGAGGAAAGGAGCGAGGGGGGGCGGGGGCAGCGGCGGGCCGAGGCGGUCGGGGAAGGAAGAGAGGGAGGGGCGUGCGGAGGCGCGGGGCCCCCGCCCUCACUCCGGCCACCCUUUCCCGACCGCGCCGCCGGGGCUAAUCGCCGGGCGCGCGCUUGCCAGCCGGGAGCGCGCUCGCCGGGUCCUCCCCUUAAACGCCCUCUCCGCGCCGCCCGGCUCCCAGUCCCAGUCCGAGCCGCGCUUCCCCCGCGCGCGCGCGCCUGCCCGCCCCCAGCCUCCCCGCGGGCCGCGUCACGUGACUGCGCCCAGCCAAGGCGGCAGCAGCGGCGGCGCGAGCUUCGGCGGCGGCGGCGGCGGCGGCAGUGGCAGCGGGAGCAGCUGCGCCGCCAGCGUGGAGCGGGAGGCGUGUGGGUGUGGAGAGAAGGGAGCGCCGGACCGGAACGGAUAUGUACAUCUCAUGCUUGAUGUGAAGAAACUAGUCAUGGGCCAAAGGUCAAGAUACUUCUCUGGGAAAUGCUGCUGAUGCUGCUGUACAAAGUCAUACAAUGAGUGUGUGGUUUAAGAAAGAUUUUGAUAUUUAGAAGAUUUUCAUCUUGGAAAUAUAUCAAGUGAAAAUUAGAGUCUUUUGGGAAACAUUUUCCUCCUAAUAAAUUAUACUUGUAAUGGGCGACAUGGCAAACAACUCAGUUGCAUAUGGUGGAGUAAAAAACUCUUUGAAGGAAGCUAAUCAU